AUGAAACUCGCUCAAAAAAUCUUACAAGUCUAUUUGUUAAAUACAUUUUACAUAAAUGGCUUUCAAACCAUACCACGUCUACCUUGGCUUUCAGCUUUAAUAAGAAUCUUCUAUUUGUGCUGGUUAUCUACAGUGGUAUUCUUAAUGUUUUAUUGGCGUAUGAAUGGCGGUGAUACCUCUGUAGGCGGCCUUGUAGGCACUGCCUCAUUUUUAGCUAACGGUACAGUUAAUAUCAUUAUUUUAUUGGAGACAAUUUGUAAAGAAAGGUACUACAAACGAUUGAUUAAACUAAAGCAAGAGGUAGACGAUUUAUUAAAUCAACAUUUAAAUGUCAAUGUACAGGAAAAUAUAAACUACAAUUGUUUAACCAAACGUUUAAUACUAAUUUUAUUCUGCCAACUGGUAUGCGAUGGCUUAAAAAUGUGGAUCAAUUGCAUUUCGAAAAUCAGUCCAGUAUUUUGGUAUCUUUUACCCAUAACCGCCAGUCUACGCACACGUUAUUUACAAAUCAUAUUUACUACAAUGACUUUUAAUCGUAGAAUACAAAUACUAAGAGAUGUUAUAGCAGCCGUAGCUAAGCAAAAUGAACCCAAAUCGAAAUUUUCAAGUGAUAUUUGGCAGCCUUAUAAUCCGGAAGAAUAUGAAAAAGUCAAUUAUAUGCGUUUGAUUUAUUUGCGUAUGUGGGAAAUCUAUAUGAGUUUUAAUAAUCUCUACAGUUGGUCUUUGCUGACAUUGUUUAUGUCAUCGUUUUUCGAUAUAGUAUGUAAUUGUUAUUGGACAUUUACGGCCAUUUAUAAACGACAAGUUUUCCACAAAUAUGUAAUGAAUGGCGCUACUUCGUUCUCUUUGGCCAGUUUGGUUUAUGUAUUAUUCUAUUUUACGGAUGCAAGUAAUAAUAAUGUGAGUAUUAAAUUAGUGUUUAAGGGUUUAAAGGGGACAUAA